AUGUACAUUUUCAUUGCAGCGUUGUCAGUGAACUCUGUUCUUUUUAGCACUGCUGUCUAUCCAAAGCUUUUAAAUGACUUUUUAUCUGAAAAACAGACCAUAUCUUAUUCAGCCUGUCUAUUACAAUUUCACUUAUUUUACUCUUUAGGUGGUUCUGAGUUCUUACUGUUGGCAGCCAUGUCGUAUGACAGAUAUGUGUCUAUAUGUAAACCUCUGCAAUAUCACACUAUCAUGACAAAAACAACGGUCAGUGUUUUCUUGGGUUUGGCUUGGAUUGUGCCUGCUUGUCAGAUUGCAGUACCGGCUGGUUUAAGUGCCAAGGAAAAACUCUGUAGCUUUAUUUUAAAAGGUAUUUUUUGUAACAAUACAGUUUAUAAACUUCAGUGUGUGAUCUCAGGAGCACGUGUUGUACGAGAUAUGAUCAUAAUGCUUAAUGUUGCGCUUGUCCCUGUACUUUUUAUUCUUUUUUAG